AUGACAAAAAUUUUACGUACACUAGCCCACUAUUUUGCGGCUACCGAAACUCAAGAAGGUGUCGGUGCUACCGUUAGAAGGUCCAUCGGUACUCACAAGCAACGUAACUUUAGUCCCUUUUUACUGCUGGACCACUUCACAGUAUCUCCACCAGCUGGAUUCCCAGACCAUCCUCAUCAUGGACAAGAGACUAUUACAUAUAUGUCACAAGGUAUGAUUGCUCAUGAGGAUUUUACUGGCGCUAAAGGAGUGCUGCGUCCCGGUGACAUGCAAUUUAUGACAGCUGGUAAAGCUGCUAUGCAUGCAGAGAUACCGGUUCUUAUGGCAGAUGAUUCUCCAUGUAUUGGUAUGCAAUUAUGGGUGGAUUUACCGGCUAAAUUAAAGGACGUUGAACCAAGAUACAGAGAUUUGAAAAAUGGCGACAUUCCUAUUGCUAGACCAAACGAUCAUUUGGCCGUGAAAGUUAUUAGUGGUAAAUCAUAUGGUAUUGAAUCAGUGAAAGAACUUGCAUACACUCCAGUUGAAUACUACAUAUUUAAUUCGGACAAGAAAGGGACACGUUUUGAGCAACAAGUGCCUUCGAACUUUAACGUAUUUUUGUAUGUCAGUAAAGGUGCUAUUUCAUUCAAUGGAAAACAUUAUCCUCAAUACUCGACAUUAUUCUUUAAUAUUGAUGGUAACACUAUCGAGGGGUCUAUUGAUUCUGACGAAGACACAGAAUUCUUCCUCAUUGGUGGACUAAUCCUUGAUCAACCAAUUCUGCAACAUGGCCCCUUCGUUGAGACUAACUCCGAAAGAUUACGGAAGGUUUUCGAAAACUAUCAAACAGGUACUAAUGGGUUUGAAAGAGCAGUUGGUUGGAGAUCUUCUAUAAGAAACGGAAUCACCGAGGCCGAAGUCGCUGAUCAUCAUUAA